UGUCCCCCUUGAUUUUGGUUGGCCAUUUUUGUUGAUUUUAUGGAGUUUAGAAGAUAGAAUAUUUUUGUAGACCAUGGAUCGAGGCGAAGUCUGUUCUAGUCUAAUAACAUGGAUGCAGACGUUUGGAAUCAGUGGUCCAUGUCAAUCUGCUGAUGAUCUUAGUGAUGGUGUUGCUAUGGCACAAGUUCUACAUCAAAUUGCACCAAAUUUCUUCAAUGAAGUAUGGAUGACCAAGAUAAAGACAGACGAAGUUACUAAUUGGAGAUUGAAGGUCAGCAACUUGAAAAAAGUAUUGAAAGGAAUUUUGGAGUACAACUUAGAGGUGAUUGGUAUUCAGAUCCACGACUUCCAAAUGCCUGAUGUCAAUUCUAUUGGUGAGCACAGUAAUGUGUCAGAACUGGGCCGCCUGCUUCAGCUGAUUCUGGGAUGUGCUGUCAACUGCGAAGCUAAACAGGAGUACAUCCAGCGCAUCAUGUCCAUGGAGGAGUCGGUACAGCAUGUUGUAAUGAAUGCCAUACAAGAGCUCAUGACGAAAGAAAUCACCACCAGUAGUGACGGUGAAUCAGAAUUAGCGGAACAGUUGCGACGGACAACUGAAGAAAUGAACAGUGCACUGGAGGCAAGAGAGGAGUUGACACAGCGAUGCCAUGAGCUCGACCAACAGGUGGCUGGUUUAAUGGAAGAAAAACAGGCAUUAGUGUUUGAGAAUGACAAAUUAAACGAAAGGCUAAACUUAGCAGAAAACUUGGAUGAUCCAGCGUGUGUCAAUUACAUUCUUCAGUCCAGUACCCCGGCCGGUAAGAGGUUCCAACAACUACAACAACAGGUUGAUAAGCUGCAGGAAGAGAAUUUUAAACUGGAGUCGAGUCGAGAUGACAUAAGAAUCAAGUCUGAAAUUCUUGCAAGGGAUUUUUCUGAAAUUAAACAAAAGAAUGUCGAGCUCACGGCAAUAGCAGACGAGGCACGUUCUCUAAAGGACGAGGUGGAUGUCCUUCGUCACACAUCAGAACAAGUUUCUAAGUAUGAAUCAAGUAUAGAAUCUUACAAGAAGAAAUUAGAUGAACUUAGUGACCUGAGAGGCCAGCUGAAACUGCUGGAGGAGAAAAAUACCAAGUAUAUGACAGAACGUCUGGAGCUAGAAGAGGAGUUGAGGAAGGCAUCGUCACUGAAACAACAGCUUGAAGGUUACAAACGUCAGGUCCAUGAGAUCCAGAACAAACUCACUGAGGAAACCAAGCGAGCAGACAAGGCAGACUUUGAGGCCAAGCGUGCACAGGACAAAAUGUCUACCCUUCAACGGGAAAAGGAGAGAAUGGUUGAGGAGAGAGACUCCCUGAGGGAACUCAAUGAGGAGAUGAAGCUGACACAGUUACAGAACAUGGAGGAGCCCGGGGAGAUAGCUACCUCACCCAGACUGGAGAUGUUAUCACUGCCACCAGAAGUCAAGGAGAAGCUGCUGAGGCUGGAGCACGAGAAUAAGAUACUGAAACUGAGGACCUCUAAUGACGACAGUGAACAGGCACCCAUGUUACAGUCUAUGCUUGAUGAUGCUAACGCUCGCAAGAAUGAACUUGAGACUGAAUUACGGAUAGCGAAUCAAAGAAUUAUGACUUUGGAGGCUCAAGUUGAAGAUAUUCAGGAGAGUCCAGACCACGAAUCAAACGGGGAAAUGCUGGAGAUGAGAAAAAAAAUUAACGAACAUAUUAAACGAACUCAAGAUAUUGAAAAUGUGCUUCAGAAAAACAAAGAGACAAUAGGUGACCUUGAAGCAAGGUUAAGUAGUAGUGUAGAUAGGGUUCAGGAGCUACAGGACCAGCUCAAUAAAAAGGAUGAUGACAUGAAGUUAAUGGAGGCUAGGUAUAAAAAGUAUCUGGAGAAAGCUAAGUCGGUGUUCAAGGCUAUAGACACCAAACAGAACACAGGAACUGUCCCUGAAGUGACAGUGACCGCCUUAAAAAAUCAGCUGCAGGAAAAAGAUAGAUACAUUGAACAGUUAGAGAAAGAAAAUGACAAGGCUAAAAAUAUACGAGAACAAGAGGAGAAAUACAUAGUAUCUGCUUGGUAUAAUCUGGGGAUGCAGUUGAAUCGUCAGGCUACAGAAGAAAGGUUGGCCAAUGCUUCAACUGGACAGUCAUUUUUAGCUAGACAACGACAAGUACAUUCACGCAGGACUCAAUCUAUACCUAACUCACAUCCAAAUUCAACUCGGUGAAACAAACCAACCUUUUUUAUUCUGCCAAUAUUUAACCACCAAUACUGCAAAUACUCCAUGUGUCGACAGGAACACCCAACAGUGAUUCAUCGUGUCUGAUGAUCCAGCUGAUAUUUGUGUACUCGAUUACAGCAGGAUUCUGUGAGACGAAGAUGCCACUACCAGAUACUUGUGACCUUGACAACAAUGGGGUGCCAGAAUACAGCUCAACUCUGGAAAAAUCUUCUCAUUCAUGGAGGAAUACAUGCAUUUGCCAUAAUUACACGGAAGUCUAUCAAGGCUAGCUGAAACCUUGUUUAAGACAAAUUUAUCAUAGAUAUGUCAUACCUACUUACAUGUUGGUAGGUUACGACUAUUUCAUACAGGGCUUAACCUAGCUUGAGGUCUCUGUGGACAAUCUGGCCACUCCUGUCUAUAAUUACCUUAUGUCCUAAUUAGUCAUCAAUUAUAUGGAACAUUCAAAUGUCAUCAAAAAUAUGAAGCAUUCAAAAGGCAUUAACAGCUGAAUAAAUCUCUCAAAUGGUUUUUUGGAAGCAUAUUUCAUAUUAAAUUAAAGUCUUCCUUUGAUUGUAAAAUGUAGCUCCUUUAAACAUAAGGUAUGAAAUAUCUGACUUCACUCAUUUCUCAAUUGGCUAUUGUCUGUUUUCCUUUAAGAGCAAAAUUAUAAUACUGAUAAUCUGCUACUGUUGUAUUCUGAUAUUCAUGGAAGAUUUAUCAAAUGUUAACACUGGUUGUAUAUGUAUAUCAUUCAAAGUUAUAAAAAUCUCGGCAACAACAAAAACUGAAAAUGAUAUGUCUCCAAUGUUAAGAAAUGAACUUGGUACUGGUGCUCUCCGACUAUAUUAGUCGUGAUACGUUCAUACCACAGCUGGAUAAACUGUGACAGCAAUGCUUCUUUAUAAUGUUAUAUUACUCUCAACUUGUUUCAAGAGGCUAUCAUGAGAAACUUUCAACUCACAAUCAAACAACACACUUUACAUGAUUAAUUAAUGAAGUAAUGCUUUACAUGAUUAAUUAAUGAAGUAAUGCUUUGAUAAGUUACAUUUUAUUUAUUGGACAAAGUGUAGUAUGUAAAUGACUACAACACUGAUGUUCAUGCUGUGUACAUGUUUCCCAAGUUGAUCUUGCUAGUUUAUCAUUACACAGGAAAAUGCAGUAGGACCUAAAAUGCUUUUUGAGAUAAAUCUUGGAUUUCACUGUCUUAGUGGAAUUUUGGUAAAAUAUCAUUUUCAGGAGAUUUUUAUCCAGCAGCUUGAACCUGUUGAAGUUUUCAGUAUUUAUUUUCACCUACAUUGUGUAUACAUUGAGGUACAUGUUAAAUUUUAGCAAAAACCCGCUAUUUCAGAAUGUCAAGAAUCGUACGUUUUCACCCUGUGACAAUGUCGGUGUAAUCUGCUCCACUGAAAAUGUCACAAAAUAUUUGAUAUAACUAAGAUAAUAUAUAAUACAUAUGUUUGGUGGUUGUAACUCAUAAUUAAUGUACACCUGGGUAUUACUUCAGGUAAAAUCUGUGUUUGUCUCCAUGUGAUACAGCCUUCAUGGUAAAGUUGACAGCUCUAUAUUAGAUAAACAUUCAGUACAAGUGUAUAAUCAUGUUACAAAUGUACAUCACUCUGUUAUCGAUCAUUGAAAAACAAUCCACAGGAUAUAGACUCUGAGAAUAAUGUAAAGACCAUGCGUACAGUUUGUAGUUUAUGAUAAAUUCUAGGAAUCUGAGUUUUCAUCUGUGUCAUCUUGGGUUACACAUUGAAAUAUUGGGUGUUAACUAUUAGAAUAAUAGAAUGUAAAUUUAGGUAAUAGUUGACAUGCUUUAUACCAAUAAACAACUGCCACCAUCAACCUAAGUUUAUCCUUUGCAAUGAAUUACAACUCAAUAUAAACCUCCAAAGAGAGGUAUUUUUAUUUGUUAUCAUUAAAGAUCAGCUGUGUAGUAGGUGGUAUAUGUAGAUAUAACACAAAUAUUAAUUACAGUUAAUAUAACGAGUGUAAUCUAUGCAGUCUGGUUAUUAACAGAUAUAAAUAGGUCUCGUUUUCUCUAUCUCUAACAAUGAUGCCAUCAAAAUUAGAUGUGACAUUAACUACCUACCUAGCUAGCAGCUGUGAUGUAUUUGAAGCCUGAUGUAUUGUGUUGUUGUAAUGGUGGACUUCGGUUAAUCAUACAUGUAGCUGUCGUACAAAUAUGACAGUAACAAGUUGUUAAAGUAAUUUUGGAGCUGAAAAUCAACAAUAUUUUUGUGUUUCCUUCUAUGUGAUGAUGUUAAAUCUUAGAUUAAGUUUUAGUUUUGAAUUUAAUAUUUGGAACUUGUACCAGUAUGUUGAUAGCUUACCAUCAAGUAAAUAUAACUUUAGUAGUUUUAAACUGGGCCUUGUCACACAGUGAAGGACUUGACUUCAUCAACAUGGCUACAUCAGUGUUAUUUACUAGUCAUAUCCCAGCUAGUUUUAUGAACUUUGAAUCUCACCAGACCCGUCAUAAUGAGGUUACUCGUGUACCCCGUACACAAUCACAUGUCAAUGUUAAUUAUAUAAUGUAUAGUAAAAUGACUGGUGGGACUAACUAUUUCAUGGUCCACUUUUUUUAUUUACAUUAUUUGUACUUGAAACCUUAGAUAACGUUUUUUUUUUCUCUAUUUUGAAACCUAAUGAAGGCAAUAUAGAAAUUGACAAGUGAUACGGGAGUUGUUUGUAUGUAGAUAGGAAGCUUGGGUGAUACCUGUGAUAUGUUGUCGCCUGGACAUCACUGCCAUUCAGUACUAGUCAGUAGUAGCAUGACUGUCUGUGAUUAAUAAACUUUAUAUAUUCAGGUUAUUAUUUAUAUAGAUUUACAGACAUAAUACAAAAAAGGGGGAUAUGUGUCGGUAGUAGGGGGGGAGACAUUUCUAGCUGGUUGGAGCUCUCCAUAUUGAUUAGAUUUAUUUUGUUUAAUUACCAUGUAAAUUGAAGUACAAUAAUGAUAUAAUAAUUAAUCACUGCUAUAUUUUGAAUAUCAUGUCUUUUUUUUUCUUUUUUUUUUGAAGUAUUGAGGACAUAUUUGAAAAUCUAUUUAUUUAUUCAAAAUCUUCAAGAAAGUUUGAAGUAUGAGGAGGUCAGAUAAAUAGCAAAAAGAAAUUUCAAAAUGACAGGAUGAUUUGAGUACUAUUAAGAAGUACAUGUAACUAAGAGUAACCGGGAAGUAUAUGUUACCGGGAUUAAUCAGGAAGUAUGUAUUAUAGUAACAUGAUUACAUGUAAUUACUUGUAACUAAGAGGUAUUGUGAGUAAUUAGGAAGUACAUGUAAUUAGUAAGAUGUGAUGUCUGUUCACAACUGAAACUUUGUUAAUGAAAGGAGUUGACAAAGCACUGUGAUGGUUAUUUAUAAGAUAAUGACUACAUCCUUCUUAUAUUGUCUUAGAUGACAUUAUCUUCAGGCCUCCGGAUCGUAACACAGAUUAAGUCUGGACUAACGUCUGUUUACUGAUCCUGUGACCAGGUAUGCGAGACGUCUGUUUACUGAUCCCGUGACCAGGUAUGUGAGACGUCUGUUUACUGAUCCCGUGACCAGGUAUGCGAGACGUCUGUUUACUGAUCCUGUGACCAGGUAUGUGAGACGUCUGUUUACUGAUCCUGUGACCAGGUAUGUGAGACGUCUGUUUACUGAUCCCGUGACCAGGUAUGCGAGACGUCUGUUUACUGAUCCCGUGACCAGGUAUGCGAGACGUCUGUUUACUGAUCCUGUGACCAGGUAUGUGAGACGUCUGUUUACUGAUCCCGUGACCAGGUAUGCGAGACGUCUGUUUACUGAUCCCGUGACCAGGUAUGCGAGACGUCUGUUUACUGAUCCCGUGACCAGGUAUGCGAGACGUCUGUUUACUGAUCCUGUGACCAGGUAUGUGAGACGUCUGUUUACUGAUCCCGUGACCAGGUAUGUGAGACGUCUGUUUACUGAUCCUGUGACCAGGUAUGUGAGACGUCUGUUUACUGAUCCCGUGACCAGGUAUGUGAGACGUCUGUUUACUGAUCCCGUGACCAGGUAUGUGAGACGUCUGUUUACUGAUCCCGUGACCAGGUAUGCGAGACGUCUGUUUACUGAUCCCGUGACCAGGUAUGCGAGACGUCUGUUUACUGAUCCCGUGACCAGGUAUGCGAGACGUCUGUUUACUGAUCCCGUGACCAGGUAUGCGAGACGUCUGUUUACUGAUCCCGUGACCAGGUAUGCGAGACGUCUGUUUACUGAUCCCGUGACCAGGUAUGCGAGACGUCUGUUUACUGAUCCCGUGACCAGGUAUGCGAGACGUCUGUUUACUGAUCCCGUGACCAGGUAUGCGAGACGUCUGUUUACUGAUCCCGUGACCAGGUAUGUGAGACGUCUGUUUACUGAUCCCGUGACCAGGUAUGUGAGACGUCUGUUUACUGAUCCUGUGACCAGGUAUGUGAGACGUCUGUUUACUGAUCCCGUGACCAGGUAUGCGAGACGUCUGUUUACUGAUCCCGUGACCAGGUAUGUGAGACGUCUGUUUACUGAUCCCGUGACCAGGUAUGUGAGACGUCUGUUUACUGAUCCUGUGACCAGGUAUGUGAGGAUGUCAAGGAUAUGUGCAAUUUUACUGUUUUAGAAUUAUGAUGUAGGUGUGAUGCUUGUCAUCAUCAAUGAUAACUGAUUUGUAGGAGUUAUUAGGAUAUCACUAUUGAUAGGACAGACACUCAGAUGUAUAACCGGGGUAGGAGUUAUUAGGAUAUCACUAUUGAUAGGACAGACACUCAGAUGUAUAACCGGGGUAGGAGUUAUUAGGAUAUCACUAUUGAUAGGACAGACACUCAGAUGUAUAACCGGGGUAGGAGUUAUUAGGAUAUCACUAUUGAUAGGACAGACACUCAGAUGUAUAACCGGGGUAGGAGUUAUUAGGAUAUCACUAUUGAUAGGACAGACACUCAGAUGUAUAACCGGGGUAGGAGUUAUUAGGAUAUCACUAUUGAUAGGACAGACACUCAGAUGUAUAACCGGGGUAGGAGUUAUUAGGAUAUCACUAUUGAUAGGACAGACACUCGGAUGUAUAACCGGGGUAGGAGUUAUUAGGAUAUCACUAUUGAUAGGACAGACACUCGGAUGUAUAACCGGGGUAGGAGUUAUUAGGAUAUCACUAUUGAUAGGACAGACACUCAGAUGUAUAACCGGGGUAGGAGUUAUCUAUCAUGUAUUAUAUACUGGCUCUCAUUCUUUCUUAUCCUAGUACAUGUAUUUACUUUCAGGCUAGAUUUAUCAUGAGAAAGCACUAAAUCAUGCAAGAAACUUCUAAUUAGAAUUUACAUACUUUUCUUAACAAUGGAUAAUUAUAGUUCCUUUAUCUUAUGACAUACAGAUAUAUCAUUAAUUAAUGGUAUCUUAAUUAUGUAUAGAUACAUCACUAAUUAAUUGUAUCGUUAACGAUGUACAGAUAUUAUAAAGACCACUUAUACUGAAGUGUCCUGGUCACACCUGCCCUAAUGAUUCACUGUAACACUUGAUGGUCCUGUACCAUGUACAGUUUUGGAUGCCCUGUGUGUGCUGCACCCCAUCACUGUUUUUAUUUACACUUCACAGUGCUAACAUCACUCCCCUCAUAUUAUUAUAAGUUUAUAUUUUAUUUAAUACUUUAUAUUUUCUCUGUAUUAUUUUUUCUUUGUACACAUAUUUAAUUAAAAUGAUUAUGUUGAAAGAAUAUCAUGUUUAACUACAUGUCAACUGUAAUCUUAUGAAUUUGGCUAAAAAAAACAGCAUAGAUAUUGUUUUCUCGUUAUAGCAAAUUAUAUAAAAGGGUCAGUAUGUUCUUUGGCCAUGGUUGGAUAUUUUGUUUAAUUUUCUGGGCUGAUUAUCUCCCUUGUUCUCUGUUUGACCUUUGUGCUACUAACGUUAAGAUAAUUUUAUUCUAUUGUUUUUUAAUGUUAUAGUAAAAGAUAUUCUGGUGUAAGCGGUUUUUUUUUAUUGAUUGGUUUGUGCUCAUUAUUAUGUAAAAAAAUAUUUUGUACACACACAACUAGUGCAUGGUGCUGUAGGAAAUGUUCAGUUAUCAAAUAGGACAUGGCAGUUCACUUCAGUACCAUGAUCUGGCCUACACUACUUAAACCUAUAUACAGUGUGCCAUGUAUUACUGUCUUAUUGACAAACAAGCUAACAGUAAACCCAGUGUAAUCAGUACUAGGACCACUAAUAAAGAUUUAAAGGCAUUGAUUGUUUAGGAACUAGAUAUCAUUAAUGGUUGCUAUGGUUUUUGAUUACAACUACCUCUACAUAUUACUAAUGUCCUGAUUUUCAUGAUCUUUGUAACUAAGGAACAUGUUAGCCAUUCUAAAUUGGAAUGAAAAAUCACUUCCAAGGCUUGUUAAUGUUAGGACAUUAGAGACAUGUCACUACAACUAACUGGUGGAGGUUACUCAAACGGGUUUAUAAUGUAACUAACAUACAAACACAAACUUACGCAAAUAGUAUUGUUCACAUCUGGAUUUUAAUCUUGUCAGGGUAUCCAAUAUCAUAUUUUUUAAAGACCAAGUGAUUUUGUAAUAAAAGGUACAGCAUUA